UCUAAGCUUCCGGUUCGGCAACUGUCAAGUAAUAACCGUUCUAAGUGUCGUCAGAAGACUUUUGAUAAAAAAUCAGUGCAAAAACAAGUGAUACAGUGUAAAACUACGAAAUACAUAUAGCUCGAAGCCCAAAGACUGUGAUUCACUAAAAAUCCGCGGACAACAGUGGGUUUUUUAAAGGAAAAUAGUGUUGAAAAGUGCAUCGCGAACCAUAUAUAACAAUAGCUAUACAUUAUAACCUAACGUGAGUCACUGAAGUCACAUCCGUCUAGUGACAGUGACAGCUGACGGCUAAUUCAGUGUUGCUAGUUAAAGAAACCGAAUUACUCAAAAAUAUAUUAUUCCUCUUCUACCGAUUUAGUAGUAACUGAAACAUCAUGUCAACAGAAACGAAACUCGAAACAUUAAUGAAGAGAAUGGAAGAAAACAUGGAUAUAUUAAGAAAGGACUUUGAAAAACAUACUAACUCGUUAAAAGAAAGUUUCAACACAAGCAUAGCAAGCACCAUAGAAGAAAAAUUAGCUCCACUAAUGGAAGAGAACUUAAAACUGAAAGGCGAUGUAACAGUGCUCAAGAACAAAGUACAUAACUUAGAAAGGGAAGUAAGAAAAAAUAACCUAAUACUUCAUGGUGUGGAAGAAUCAGAGCAAGAUGACACCGAAUUAUUAGAACUGGUUCUGCAAACCCUAAAUAAUCUAGCAAAAGAUGGAGAAAUAGAAAGCUUUGACAAGUGGGAAAUAAGUGUAGUUCGCCGGCUAGGUAAAAAGAGGGAUAAGAAACAUAGACCCAUACUAGUUAAACUAACCUUAGCGUGGAGAAGACUGCAAGUACUAAAGAAUGGCAAAAAGCUACCAGCAAAUACCUAUGUCUCCGAGGACUAUCCCAAAGAUGUCAUUCAAAUAAGAAAAGACCUGAACAUUAAAAGACAAGAAGAAAUUAAAAAAGGCAAAAUCGCUAUGAUAAGAUAUGACAAACUCAUAAUAAAAGAAAAAACAAAUCAAGAUAGAACCAACGAGAAAAGGAAACGAUCCCCAACAAAAUCACCAACAUCUGAUAAUAAUAACAAACAUAACGAAGAGGCAAUUCAGGUGGCCCCCACUAAAAUAAAUAAAACAAAUGCCUUUGCCAUCAUGAACCGUUCAAGAUCAAAUUCUUUAUCUUCAUCAAGCAAACAAUAGCAAUUACAGAAUAACAAACCCCGGAAGCUUAACAAUAACAAAGAAACAACAACAAACAAACGACAACAACAACAAAAGCAACAACAUGAAAACCAAACAUGCUAUCAAUGGAACCACUAUCAAAGGUAUACCACAUUAACAACAAAUUCAAAUGAGAACAAAC